AUCAGAAGUCCAUUUGCAAUAACGCGACCAACAGCCAUUCGGACGGAAACGUUCUUUUCAGUAAAGUGAUUUGACCAAUAGUUUCGUCACCAAAGAGUCAACAAAAGUGUACGAAUAACGCACAACAUGUUGAGAUUUGUAUCAGCUCUGGCCAUUUUGGCAUCGACCGUCAAAGCCAGCCCCAUCGAACCUGCUCAUUAUUCGUAUGUGGCCACUCAUCAGCCAUAUUACCAGCCGCAGCAGCACGCAUACCCGGAAUACUACCCGGUCCAGGCCGUAGAGUCCUAUCAUCAUCAACCGGAACCUCAUCACUACGUCGCUCAGCUGCCUCAGAAGCAAUACAUCGAAGUCGACGCCCAUGAACUAGCCGGGUUGGGUCACUACACUGGUCACAGCCAAGGCUACAGUGCCCUGUACGGUGGAGACAACCAUGGCCAUCUUUAUCACGGAGGAUCGUACAACGGAGGCUAUGCCAACAAGUACAACGACUACUACGCCUAUCCUAAGUACAAGUUCGAAUACGGCGUCGAUGACCCACACACCGGAGAUCACAAGAAGCAGUGGGAAUUCCGCGACGGUGAUGUUGUCAAGGGUGGAUACAUGCUAAAGGAAGCCGACGGAACGACCCGUGUUGUUGAGUACACUGCCGAUGACCAUAACGGUUUCAACGCAGUGGUUAAGAAGAUCGGUCAUGCUUAUCAUCCGGAACCUCACCAUGCCCCACAACACUACUCGCAGAACAACGGAUACGGAUACCUUGGUAAUUACGCUGGAGCUUAUGCCAGCGGUGAUUACUAUGGCAAGGGUGCCACCAGCUAUACCAAGGUCUGGAAGCAGCAUUAAGGAAGACCACCGAAUAGGAAGACCCACCCCCUACUGGAUCAUCGGAUACUCGAGAUAAACGUUUCUGUGUAGCUUACUAUUUAUUUAUUCAUCCCUCCCCCCUUACCGCAAACAGUCAUUAAGCAGAUUUCGAAGGUGGCGAAAAGUUUUAGUCAAAUCUUCUCUUCACUGAGAUCGACGAAGUUGAAUAUAUACGAGCCAGAUGUCGCUGAUUCUCGAUACAAUAGCUUCGGAACCACUCAAUCAACAGGUUACGAUGGAUUGUAGAGUUAAAUCAGGCCUAAGCUCCCAAUAAAAAGCAAAGUAAAUAAAUGGAUCUGUGAUAAGCAAAA